AUGGGUUCGACUGUAGGCCAUGGGGAGGUGGUGCUAGGCCAUGGGGAGGUGGUGCUAGGCCAUGGGGAGGUGGUGCUAGGCCAUGGGGAGGUGGUGCUAGGCCAUGGGGAGGUGGUGCUAGGCCAUGGGGAGGUGGUGCUAGGCCAUGGGGAGGUGGUGCUAGGCCAUGGGGAGGUGGUGCUAGGCCAUGGGGAGGUGGUGCUGCUGGUGCUAGAGAGGUCACAGGUCACUUGAGGGGAGACCCCAAAACUCUGAGUCACCAAUAACCCUAACAACACCCCUUAACAACCUCCCAACAUCCCCUAGCUACCUUUAAAGCCCCACUCUCAACGUCAAUGCAUUGGUUCUUCUGCUUUGCUCAGCGAUCAAAUCAAAUCAAACUUUAUUUGUCACAUGAGCCGAAUACAACCUUACCGUGAAAUGCUUACUUACAAGCCCUUAACCAACAAUGCAGUUCAAGAAAAAAUUUAUAAAAAGUAACACAAUAAAAGAACAAUAACAAAGCUAUAUACAGGGGGUACCGGUACCAAGUCAAUGUGCAGGGGGUACAGGUUAGUCGAGGUAAUUUGUACAUGUAGGUAGGGGUAAAGUGACUAUGCAUAGAUAAUAGACAGCGGGUAGCAGCAGUGUAAAAACAAAGGGGGGUGGUGGGGUGGGGGUCAAUGUAAAUAGUCUGGGUGGCCAUUUGAUUAAUUGUUCAGCAGUCUUAUGGCUUGAGGGUAGAAGAUGUUAAGGAGCCUUUUGAUCUUACACUUGGCGCUCCGGUACCGCUUGCCGUGCGGUAGCCUGGUAUAGAGGUCCUGGAUGGCAGGAAGCUUGGCCCCAGUGAUGUACUGGGCUGUAAUAACUACCCUCUGUAGAGCCUUAUGGUCAGAUGCCAAGCAGUUGCCAUACCAGGCGGUGAUGCAACCGGUCAGGAUGCUCUCGAUGGUGCAGCUGUAUAACUUUUUGAGGAUCUGGGGACCCAUGCCAAAUCUUUUCAGUCUCCUGAGGGGGAAAAGGUGUUGUCGUGCCCUCUUCACAACUGUCUUGGUGUGUUUGGACCAUGAUAGUUUGUUGGUGAUGUGGACACCAAGGAACUUGAAACUCUCGACCUGCUCCACUACAGCCCCGUCAAUGUUAAUGGGGGCCUGUUCGGCCCGCCUUUUCCUGUAGUCCACGAUCAGCUCCUUUGUCUUGCUCACAUUGAGGGAGAGAUUGUUGUCCUGGCACCACACUGCCAGGUCUCGGACCUCCUCCCUAUAGGCAGUCUCAUCGUUGUCGGUGAUCAGGCCUACCACUGUUGUGUCGUCAGCAAACUUUAAUGGUGUUGGAGUCGUGUUUGGCCACGCAGUCAUGGGUGAACAUGGAGUACAGGAGGGGACUGAGCACGCACCCCUGAAGGGCCCCCAUGUUGAGGAUCAGCUUGGCAGACGUGUUGUUGCCUACCCUUACCACCUGGGGGCGGCCCGUCAGGAAGUCCAGGAUCCAGUUGCAGAGGGAGGUGUUUAGUCCCAGGGUCCUUAGCUCAGUGAUGAUCUUUGUGGGCACUAUGGUCUUGAACCGGGAGCUGUAGUCAAUUAACAGCAUUCUCACAUAGGUGUUCCUUUUGUCCAGGUGGGAAAGGGCAGUGUGGAGUGCGAUUGAGAUUGCGUCAUCAGUGGAUCUUUGGGUAUGCGAAUUGGAGUGGGUCUAGGGUAUCUGGGAUGAUGCUGUUGAUGUGAGCCAUGACCAGCCUUUCAAAGCACUUCAUGGCUACUGACGUGAGUGCUACGGGUCGGUAGUCAUUUAGGCAGGUUACCUUCGCUUCCUUGUGCACAGGGACUAUGGUGGUCUGCUUGAGAGAUGUAUGUAUUACAGACUCGGUCAGGGAGAGGUUGAAAAUGUCAGUGAAGACACUUGCCAGUAGGUCCGCACAUGCUUUGAGUACACAUCCUGGUAAUCCGUCUGGCCCCGCGGCUUUGUGAAUGUUGACCUGUUUAAAGGUCUUGUUCACAUCGUCCAGAACAGCUGGUGCUCUCAUGCAUGCUUCAGCGUUGCUUGCCUCGAAGUGAGCAUAAAAGGCAUUUAGCUCAUCUGGUAGGCUCGAGUCACUGGGCAGCUCGUGGUUUCCCGACCUCCGCCCCCUUUUUCUCCGUCUUUUCUUCACCCAAAUGACGGGGAUUUGGGCCCGUUCCCGAGAAAGCGGUAUAUCCUUCGCGUCGGACUCGUUAAAGAAAACAUCUUAGUCCAGUUUGAGGUAAGUAAUCGCUGUUCUGAUGUCCAGAAGUUAUUUUCGGUCAUAAGAGACGGUAGCAGCAGUUACAAACUGUUACAAACAACGCGAAAAAACUAACAAAAUAGCACAGUUGGUUAGGAGCCCGUAAAACGGCAGCCAUCCCCUCCGGCGCCGUGACAUUUGACCAAAGGUGAAUCCCAAAGCUAACUAGUCUGUAAAGCUUUAUACACAGUCACUUUUACAUCUUGUUUUUUUUUGUCUGGGAAAGGAACGUUUUGUUAUCUAUUCUUAAUCAAUGAAGCAAAAAAACAAAUUUUCUGAUACAGUACCUAGGAAUAUAAAGCCAAAGUGAGAGAUGACUGUGUGGGAAAAUCCAAAUCUAUCUAGCAUGCUGAUUUCAACAUGGAACCCAUAAAAGUCGAAUGGACCUUCAGUCUCGUCUUUAGUACUUUAGUCUGGUGGAUAGCUUACCUCAACACUUGGAAGUCUCAAUGUACACUGUGUUUGAAUUAUGUGACCUUACUGUUUAUUUUGUCAGAAAUCCAUGGCUACCAUCUUUGUUUAUGCUUGCGGAGAACAAAUCGAAGUUGAGUUACCAUCUGUUUUGAUAAUCAGUCUGGUCUGGUUUCCAGGCUACUGUGUUUUACAGGGUUUCCCCGUAACCCCCCCCCCCCCCCCCCCCCCCCCCCUCCCCCUCCACCUCGCUGAAUGUUAGGAUUGUCCCCCAACUAUGUUUCUGAGCUACCCCUACCCUCACACUAGGAGUUUAACAGUAGCUGAUUGCUCAGAGCCUGUCUGAGGUCUUUAACAGCUUUUACAGUAUAGUUCAUUAUGCUUAAAGGGAAUGGUGGGGAUGGGGUGGUUAACUAGGGUUGACAUGACAAGUGGGUAUACAAUAUGUCUGACUCAGUGGGUAUACAAUAUGUCUGACUCAGGUAGUUUUCCAUUGACUUUCAUCAAUGUUAGGAUUCAGAGUUGGUCCUCUUUUACAUUUUAGUCCUUUAGUCCUUUAGCAGACACUAUUAUCCAGAGCAACUUACAAUUAGUGCAUUCAUCUUAAAAUAGCUAGGUGUGACAACCACAUAUCAGUGGGGGGGAGAUUAUUUAAGAUACUCUUUGAAGAGGUAGGGUUUCUGCUGUUUUUGGAAGUUGGGCAGGGACUCUGCUGAAGAGCUUUGACUGGGCUGAGCGGGAUCUGACACCCGUAGGGGUGGGCCAAGAGACUAGAGCUGGCAGAACGGAGUACUCGAGUUGGGGUGUAGGGUCUGCAGGGGGCUGCAAGAUGCCAAAUACUUUUAGCAUCGCUUUCCACAGCUUUGCCUGGUCUUUUUUGAGUGUGUUAUGUAUUGAUAAUAUUGCCACUGUGUGUUCCUCACUAGAACCUAUGUGUGCCACUGUUUGAUUUGCCACCGAAUGUAGCUAGUUAAAAGCUUCCUUUUCGUGGAUAUAGACCACUUAUUUUGACUUAACUUUAAGGUUGACAUUUUUAUCCAGUAGUUACACCUUCGCUUGACCGUUUUACUCUUUGUUUUUACUGGCGGGAGCCUCUGUUUCAGUAUCAGUCCCAUAGUCCCCUUUCAGGAGUUUCUUUUGGCCAACCCUGGGUCAGUGGAUUCCUCUGCUCCUUCUCUCACUCUGAGGAAAUGAGCUUUUAUGACCUUCCAGGAUCCAGCUGAGCCCAGUUUAGAUUUAUUGUGGAAAUAUCUUAAAUGCACAAAAUGACAGAACUAUGUGUAUAGCAUGUGGUUGCAUCAUUUAGCCUAAGACACAUUGUUCAAUCUUUUGUAGCCUGUUCCCAGAUCUGUUUGUGGCAAGACGGCACAAACGAGAUCUGGGACAAGGCUAGAGUCUUUUUGAUUUGAAAGGGUCAUGAGAAACUGACCUGUUUGUGUUCAUCUCUGAUUGGCUGCAGUCAUCCUUAACGUGUGUUCUUAUUGGUCGACAGGGUGAUCAGCUAUGAGUGUUGCCCUGGUUAUGAGAAGCUUCCAGGAGAGAAGGGUUGUCCUGCUGGUAAGAAUAAAUAUGGUUUAUUAGCCUGCAAAUCAAGUUAUAGCUCAGUCACUUACUAUCGAUACAAUGCAACAGCUAGUCAUCAAUUCAUGUCAUGACCAAUUUGGGAGAAUUAUUUCUAGACCAGAGGCCUGUCAAACAAAAUAUGGCAUCUCACUUUGGUUGUGAAAUAUAUAUCUAUCAAGUCAACAUUUGAAUUUCAUACAUUCCCCCAUAUGAUGGUUAAGAGUGGUUAUUUUUUCCCCCCCAGCUCUGCCAUUGGUGAACAUCUACAACACCCUGGGUAUGGUUGGAGCUGCCACCACUAAGAUGUACUCAGAGAGGGCUCAGCUGAGGGAGGAGAUCGAGGGACCAGGGAGCUUCACCUUCUUCGCUCCCAGCAACGAGGCAUGGGCGGCCCUACCCAAUGUGAGUGUGUCAAGUCUUCACAGGAGAGGGAUACACUGAGCGAAAACUAGAAAACGAAGUAUAAUUGACCCCAAAUCCUGUUGCAUCUAGAGUCUCCCGAGUGGCGCAGUGGUCUAAGGCAUCGCAGUGCUAGCUGUGCCACUAGAGAUCUUGGUUCGAAUCCAGGCUCUGUCGUAGCCGGCUGCGACCGGGAGACCCAUGGGGCGGCGCGCAAUUGGCCCAGGGUAGGGGAGGGAAUGGCCGGCAGGGAUGUAGCUCAGUUGGUAGAGCAUGGUGUUUGCAAUGCCAGGGUUGUGGGUUCAAUUCCAGUAUGAAAAAUAAAUAAAAAUGUAUGCACUCACUAAACUGUAAGUCGCUCUGGAUAAGAGCGUCUGCUAAAUGACUAAAAUGUAAAUGUAGAGAUAUUAUAAUAUAAUAAGCCAUUUAGCAGACGCUUUUAUCCAAAGCGACUUACAGUCAUGUGUGCAUAGAUUUUUACAUAUGGGUGGUCCCCGGGGAUCGAACCCACUACCCUGGCGUUACAAGCGCCAUGCUCUACCAAUUGAGCUACAGAAGACCACCAUUGACCAUUGUAUUAUGCUGACUGCAGACUACGUGUUAUCAGCCUAACCAGCCAUGUUAGCGUAUCAAAGAUCCAUUUUUUCCCCCCCAAAGAUCCAAGUAGUAGAUACUAUAACCAAGUCUUUGGUCAGUAUUAUGUAAUGGUAUGAAUGGUUAGCUUGUGACUGAUCAUUAUUCUGAUGAAAGUAGGACUCUGGUUUUUUUAUGGUUGUGUAGGAAAUCCUGGAUGCUCUGGUGAGCAACGUGAACAUUGAGCUGCUCAACGCACUCCACUACCACAUGGUGAACCGCCGUUUGACCUCUGAGGACCUGAAGCAUGGAUCUGCCUUCCCCUCCAUGUACCAAGACUUCAACCUUCACAUCCACCACUACCCCAACGGAGUGAGUAGCAUCUGUCCGAUGUUUAAUGUUGCAUUUAUAUUGGAAACACAGGCGGCUGGUUGGCACCUUAAUUGGGGAGGACGGGCUCUAUAGUAACGACUGGAAUGGAAUGAAUAGAAUGGUAUUGACACAUCAAACACAGGGUUUCCAUCUGUUUGAUACCAUUCCAUUCACUUCAUUCCAGUCAUUGUUAUGAGCCGUCCUCUCCUCACCAGCCUCCUGUGAUUGGAAGGUAUAUGAUGUUGUGACAUAGCCCAUCUGGGACCAAGCCAGUUGGAACCUCUAGAGAGACAGCUCAACAACAAAAGAGACAUGAACAGACAUGUCGUCGUCUAAAAAUCUUUACCAUACGGUUUUGGUAAUUUUUCAAAAUGGUCACAUGUUGACCAUCGAUUCGAAAGCCAGCUAAAUCAUCGAGACAAAAUCUCAAAUGUUCUCUCGUCAUUGCAGAUUGUAACAGUGAACUGUGCUCGUCUGGUGAAGACAGACCAGCACGCUACCAACGGGAUCGUGCACGUUGUGGACAGAGUCAUCACCGCCGUUACCAACGACGUGCACACUUUCAUCGACACCGAUGAUGAUCUGGAGACUCUUCGUGUAAGUAAAUGAGUUUAACAGUUUGUCGCUUCAUUCAUCCAUUCAUUCAUCCAUUCACAGAACAGUCUAUCACACAGAACUCUCUUACCAUUUUAUACAUGUUGAACAUAUGCUAUGCAAUGCUAUGUCAGCUAUCAUAAUGUUACAUUCGCUGAUCAUUGACGUGGUCUCAGUCUUUUGUAUUGUAUGUGCAAUUUGAAUCAUGUAGAGAAAAGCAGUGUUCAGUGUGUGAUUCAGUGUUGAUUCAGUGUUGAUUCAGUGUUGAUUCAGUGUUGAUUCAGUGUGUGAUUCUCUGUGUUUUAGACUGCUGUUGCUGCUGCUGGUCUGACCCAGUGUUCAGUGUGUGAUUCUCUGUGUUUUAGACUGCUGUUGCUGCUGCUGGUCUGACCCAGUGUUCAGUGUGUGAUUCAGUGUUGAUUCAGUGUGUGAUUCAGUGUGUGAUUCAGUGUUGAUUCAGUGUGUGAUUCAGUGUUGAUUCAGUGUGUGAUUCAGUGUGUGAUUCUCUGUGUUUUAGACUGCUGUUGCUGCUGCUGGUCUGACCCAAAUGCUGGAGAGCGAUGGCCACUAUACGGUGUUCGCUCCAACCAACGAAGCAUUCAAUAAGAUCCCCCCUGAAAUGCUCAACAGGAUCCUGGGAGACCCCGUGGCUCUGAAAGGUGAUUUAUUUUUUUAUUUUUUUAAGGGAUCUUUGGAUAUAGAAUGGGGAGAUAGAUAUUGGAGAAGGAAACCCAAUCACUUAUUACCAUGAACUAACUUCUACUUGUGUCUGUACUCUCCAUCCAGACCUGCUGAACUACCACAUCCUGAAGAACAUGCAGUGUGCAGAGUCCAUCACAUCUGGUACUCCCCUGGAGACCUUGCAGGGAACUGUGCUUGAGGUGGGCUGUGAUGGGGCUGACAUGACCCUCAACGGGAAGGCCAUCAUCCAGAAGAAAGACCAGCUGGGGACCAACGGAGUCAUCCACUACAUCAACGAGCUCCUCAUCCCAGACUCAGGUAUUCAAACCAGAGCCAGAGACUUAAAUUGAGAGUUGCGUCAAUGCCAAAUAUAAGGCUGUAAUUCAAAUGAUUGGGCCUCCGCAUUCUGUUAUGAGAUUAUUAGUAAUGGUGAUUUAGUCUGAGAAAGAUCUCUGUUAUGAGAUUAUUAGUAAUGGUGAUUCACGCCUGAAAAGGUCUCUGACGGUCAUAGGAGUUGAGAGUCAAGUAUAAGUCUGUCUUUCUGGAAUGCUACUGCACUGAAUAUGAAGUAGAUUAUAAUAUAAUAUGAUAUAAUAUGCCAUUUAGCAGACGCUUUUAUCCAAAGCGACUUACAGUCAUGUGUGCAUACAUUUUUUACGUAUGGGCGGUCCCGGGGGAUCGAACCCACUACCCUGGCGUUACAAGCGCCGUGCUCUACCAACUCAAUGGUUCUUAUUGAGACAAGACCUCAAGGCUACUUAUGAGGAGUGUUUUCCAUCUCUAUGUGCGAUGAUAAAUGUUUAUAUGUACUGAUCUCCUUUUAAAGCUAAGACAUUAUUGGAGCUGGCCCAGGGAUCCGUCGUUACCACAGCAACCAAGCUGUUUGUUGACGCUGGUCUUAGUUCCCGCCUUUCUGGCUCAGAGGCUCUGACCAUCCUGACCCCUCAGAAUGAAGCUUUCAAAGGUAACAUCGAUCGAUGAUGAUCUCUCUCCACCUUUUUACUCCCCCCAUCUCCAUCUCUCUUGGUCUCUGUCCGUCUCUCGCUCUCUCUGUCUCUCUCUCUUUCUCUCACUCUCUCUGUCUCCCUCCCUCCCUCUCCCCUCCCUCUGUGCUAACAAACAGAAGUGAUUUGAGCCAUGGUUCUUGACCCAUUUAAUUUCAUCAAUCUGAUAACUUCUCUAUUGUUAACAGAGGGUGUGACGAUGUCUGGUGAGCUGAAGAAGCUGUUGAAGAACCACAUCCUGAAGGAGCAGCUGUCUUCCAGGUCGCUGUACCACGGACAAGAGCUAGAGACUCUGGGAGGAAUCAAACUCAGAGUGUUCGUCUACCGUAACGUAAGAACCACCGAUCAAAGCCCUCUAGAGGACCUACAGCUGGCAUCAGAUGAUAUAAAAGCCUCAAUUGAGCUGAAUUAAGAGCGCGAUCUAAAAGUAACUCUGAGCACAGUUGUUCUUCUGGAAAAAGACAAGACUCUCUUCCUAAGGCAUAACUCAUUACAUAGAUUACUCUCUUUCCGAGGGCUAACUCAUUACAUAGAUUACUCUCUUCCUGAGAGCUAACUCAUUACAUAGAUUACUCUCUUCCUGAGGGCUAACUCAUUACUAUAGAUUACUCUCUUCCUAAGGCUAACUCAUUCAUAGAUUACUCUCUUCCUGAGAUCUAACUCAUUACAUAGAUUACUCUCUCCUAAGGGCUAACUCAUUACAUAGAUUACUCUCUCCUGAGAGCUAACUCAUUACAUAGAUUACUCUCUUCCUGAGGCUACUCAUUAACAUAGAUUUACUCUCUUCCAUGAACGACUAACUCAUUACAUAGGAUUACUCUCUUCCCUGAAGGCAUAACUCAUUACAUAGAUUAGCUCUCUUCCUAAGUGCUAACUCAUAACAUAGAUUACUCUCUUCCUGUGAGGCUAACUCAUUACAUAGAUUACUCGUCUCUUCCUAAGGGCUAACUCAUUCCAUAGAUUUACUCUUCUUCCAGAAGGGCUAACUCAUUACAUAGAUUACUCUCUUCCUGAGAGCUAACUCAUUACAUAGAUUACUCUCUUCCUGAGGGCUAACUCAUUACAUAGAUUACUCUCUUCCAGAAGGCUAACUCAUUACAUAGAUUACUCUCUUCCAGAAGGCUAACUCAUUACAUAGAUUACUCUCUUCCUAAGGGCUAACUCAUUACAUAGAUUACUCUCUUCCUAAGGGCUAACUCAUUACAUAGAUGACUCUCUUCCUAAGGGCUAACUCAUUACAUAGAUUACUCUCUUCCUGAGAGCUAACUCAUUACAUAGAUUACUCUCUUCCAGAAGGCUAACUCAUUACAUAGAUUACUCUCUUCCAGAAGGCUAACUCAUUACAUAGAUUACUCUCUUCCUGUGAGCUAACUCAUUACAUAGAUUACUCUCUUCCUGAGAGCUAACUCAUUACAUAGAUUACUCUCUUCCUGAGGGCUAACUCAUUACAUAGAUUACUCUCUUCCAGAAGGCUAACUCAUUACAUAGAUUACUCUCUUCCUGAGAGCUAACUCAUUACAUAGAUUACUCUCUUCCAGAAGGCUAACUCAUUACAUAUAUUACUCUCUUCCUGAGAGCUAACUCAUUACAUAGAUUACUCUCUUCCUGAGGGCUAACUCAUUAUAUAGAUUACUCUCUUCCUGAGUGCUAACUCAUUACAUAGAUUACUCUCUUUCCGAGGGCUAACUCAUUACAUAGAUUACUCUCUUCCUGAGGGCUAACUCAUUACAUAGAUUACCCCAAAUACACUAUCCCAAACUAUACAAAGUAUGAUUGUGCCGUUUUCAUAUUAACAAUGAACAGUUUCUGGCUGUGCAUAAUUUUCUCCAAACGAGUCAGAGAAGGAGGCCUAAUUAGUUUUACCCCCAAAACAUGUUUUCAUCCAAUGAAACAAGAGUGUCCCUCUACAUCCUCAUACUGUAGAAUAGUUACCCAGAAUGCUGUUUCACACCGUUUUCACAGCUCUGCUCCGUUCUCUGCUGGGUGGCAGAUGGUUGUUCGGCAGCACAGCUCUGCUCUGUUCUCUGCUGGGUGGCAGAUGGUUGUUCGGCAGCACAGCUCUGCUCUGUUCUCUGCUGGGUGGCAGAUGGUUGUUCGGCAGCACAGCUCUGCUCCGUUCUCUGCUGGGUGGCAGAUGGUUGUUCGGCAGCACAGCUCUGCUCCGUUCUCUGCUGGGUGGCAGAUGGUUGUUCGGCAGCACAGCUCUGCUCUGUUCUCUGCUGGGUGGCAGAUGGUUGUUCGGCAGCACAGCUCUGCUCCGUUCUCUGCUGGGUGGCAGAUGGUUGUUCGGCAGCACAGCUCUGCUCUGUUCUCUGCUGGGUGGCAGAUGGUUGUUCGGCAGCACAGCUCUGCUCCGUUCUCUGCUGGGUGGCAGAUGGUUGUUCGGCAGCACAGCUCUGCUCCGUUCUGCUGGGUGGCAGAUGGUUGUUCGGCAGCACAGCUCUGCUCCGUUCUCUGCUGGGUGGCAGAUGGUUGUUCGGCAGCACAGCUCUGCUCUGUUCUCUGCUGGGUGGCAGAUGGUUGUUCGGCAGCACAGCUCUGCUCUGUUCUCUGCUGGGUGGCAGAUGGUUGUUCGGCAGCACAGCUCUGCUCUGUUCUCUGCUGGGUGGCAGAUGGUUGUUCGGCAGCACAGCUCUGCUCUGUUCUCUGCUGGGUGGCAGAUGGUUGUUCGGCAGCACAGCUCUGCUCUGUUCUCUGCUGGGUGGCAGAUGGUUGUUCAGCAGCACAGCUCUGCUCUGUUCUCUGCUGGGUGGCAGAUGGUUGUUCGGCAGCACAGCUCACAUUUCUGCUUUGUAAUGGAAUUUCCAGACGGCCACAAAAAGCUUUUUUCCAGAGAGAGAGAGAGAGAGAGACCAGAGAGAGAGUGCAGGGGAGAAUGGAAGGAAGCCAUGUGCCAGACUUCUUGGUAGACUGAUGGUUUCAUCCACAAUGGCACCCUAUUCCCUAUACAGUGCACUACAUUUGACCCGGGCCCAUAUGGCUCUAGUCAAAAGCAAUGUUCCCUCAACAUUUUUGGGGCACUGAGCACAUUUCAGGUCUGCUGAGCGCAAAUUUGAACAUUGUGAAAAUUCUGAGCAACUUCCGGUGCGCGUUUACCUGUGAACACUGAGGCUGUACCCGCUUUAAGUUACAGUUUUAACAGUGGCCAAGUAGGCUACUGUGGCUAUUUGAUCAUAAUGUAGGCCUACCAGAGUGGUCUACCAUCAAAAACAAUGAGGAUGCAUCCCAUAACAUUUUAACAUGGAAAUUGCUAUGCUAUCAUUCAGACUACAGUAGCAGCAAGUGUGUGGUGUUCAAUGUAGGCCUACAUUCCAUGAGACUUUUUCCGCUGCAACUUGCCCAUGCCCCCCCCCGCUUCUCCUUCACACAAAUCCAGACAGCUGAUGUUCUGAAAGAGCUGCAAAAUCUGGACCCCUACAAAUCUUCUGGGCUAGACAAUCUGGACCCUUUCUUUCUAAAACUAGCCGCCGAAAUUGUCGCAACCCCUAUUACUAGCCUGUUCAACCUCUCUUUCGUAACGUCUGAGAUCCCCAGAGAUUGGAAAGCUGCCGCGGUCAUCCCCCUCUUCAAAGGGGGUGACACUCUAGAUCCAAACUGUUACAGACCCAUAUCCAUCCUGCCCUGCCUUUCAAAAGUUUUUGAAAGCCAAGUCAACAAACAGAUCACCGACCAUUUCGAAUCCCACCGUACCUUCUCCGCUAUGCAAUCCGGUUUCCGAGCUGGUCAUGGGUGCACUUCAGCCACGCUCAAGGUCCUAAACGAUAUUAUAACCGCAAUCGAUAAUAGACAGUACUGUGCAGCCGUUUUCAUUGACCUGGCCAAGGCUUUCGACUCUGUCAACCACUGCAUUCUUAUUGGCAGACUAAAUAGCCUUGGUUUCCCAAAUGACUGCCUCGCCUGGUUCACCAACUACUUCUCAGAUAGAGUUCAAUGUGUCAAAUCGGAGGGCCUGUUGUCUGGACCUAUGGCAGUCUCUAUGGGGGUGCCACAGGGUUCAAUUCUUGGGCCGACUCUUUUCUCUGUGUAUAUCAAUGACGUCGCUCUUGCUGCUGGUGACUCUCAGAUCCACCUCUACGCAGACGACACCAUUUUGUAUACAUCUGGCCCUUCAUUGGACACUGUGUUAACAAACCUCCAAACGAGCUUCAAUGCCAUACAACACUCCUUCAGUAGCCUCCAACUGCUCUUAAACACUAGUAAAACUAAAUGCAUGCUCUUCAACCGAACGCUGCUUGCACCCGCCCACCCGACUAGAAUCACUACUCUCGACGGGUCUGACCUAGAGUAUGUGGACAACUACAAAUAUCUAGGUGUCUGGUUUAGACUGUAAACUCUCCUUCCAGACUCACAUUAAGAAUCUCCAAUCCAAAGUUAAAUCUAGAAUCGGUUUCCUAUUUCGCAACAAAGCCUCCUUCACUCAUGCUGCCAAACAUGCCCUCGUAAAACUGACUAUCCUACCGAUCCUUGACUUCGGCGAUGUCAUUUACAAAAUAGCCUCCAACACUCUACUCAGCAAAUUGGAUGUAGUCUAUCACAGUGCCAUCCGUUUUGUCUCCAAAGCCCCAUAUAAUACCCACCACUGUGACCUGUACGCUCUUGUUGGCUGGUCCUCACUACAUAUUCGUCGCCAAACCCACUGGCUCCAGGCCAUCUAUAAAUCACUGCUAGGCAAAUCCCCGCCUUAUCUUAGCUCAUUGGUCACCAUAGCAACACCCACCCGUAGUCUGCGCUCCAGCAGGUAUAUCUCACUGCCAACACCUCCUUUGGCCGCAAUUCCUUCCAGUUCUCUGCUGCCAAUGACUGGAACAAAUUGCAAAAAUCUCUGAAGCUGGAGACACUUAUCUCCCUCACUAACUUUAAGCAUCAGUUGUCAGAGCACCUUACCGAUCACUGCACCUGUACACAGCCCAUCUGAAAUUAGCCCGCCCAACUACCUCACCCCUAUAUUGUUAUUUAUUUUGCUCAUUUGUACCCCAGUAUCUCCAUUUGCACAUCAUCUCUUGCACAUCUAUCAUUCCAGUGUUAAUACUAAUUGUAAUUAUUUUGCACUAUAGCCUAUUUAUUGCCUUACCUCCAUAACUUGCUACAUUUGCACACACUGUAUAUAUAUGUAUUUCUGUUGUAUUUUUGACUUUGUUUUGUUUUACCCCAUAUGUAACUCUGUGUUGUUGUUUUUAUCGCACUGCUUUGCUUUAUCUUGGCCAGGUCGCAGUUGUAAAUGAGAACUUGUUCUCAACUGGUUUACCUGGUUAAAUAAAGGUGAAAUAAAAUAAAUAAAUAAAUAAAUAAAUAAAUAACAUGCAGGGCUUGACAUUAACCUGUUCAUCCACUUGUCCUUCAGACAAGGAGGUGACUGAAAAUGCUGUGUUUGAUGCAAGAAACCACUUUACAAAAUACAAUUCAUUAUUAUUCCCAUACCAUUAUUACAGAGAAUCAGACAAAUUGUGCUACUCUCUGCCUAUUGGCUACUAAGCCUAUUUAAGACCGUCUCAAAUUACAACACUGCCCCUUUAAGACUCUUUACCUGACUGGCUUUUCAAAGAUGGCUAGAAAUGCACACAUUUUGUGCUCUUAUAGGAAGCAAUAACUCCUCCAUUGUUGACUAGAAAUUAGCUAUAACUGGGCUAAUAACUCACUAACUAGCAAAGAAUAUGAACAAAUGUGCACAGGUGAUCUCAAAACAAGCGCAUCUGCUCGCGACCGGUCAUGCUGUAAACACAGUCCAGUUCAAAGUGAAUGGCACAGAUCCAUAUGUGGCAAUGGCUAUUUGCAUAUAGGCCUACCGCAGCUCUGAUUGGUUAUGGCGCACCGGUCUGUGUAGAUUACGGGCCUGGGUCAUGCCUGUCAAUGCAAUAGAAUCCUACUCCAAUGCGUUCUGCCUACAAGAAAAUCUCUUGCACAGUUAGUUUUGCAUACUAAGUCUUGCAUAGUUCAUUUUGUUUCGGUAUGUUACAUUGAAAGUGGCUGAUAUUGCGUUGAUUCGAGCACAAUUCCCACAGUAGAGGGGAAACGUUGAUAGUGUUAACUAACAGGGGGAAAACUAGAAAGUUGAGUGAAGUUCAAUCUUGCUGCAUGCACCCGCAGCUUAGAGGGAACAUUGGUCAAAAGUAGUGCCAUUUGGGAUGAAAUCAUGGUGAUGGGUGGAGUAAACGUUCCUUUAACCUGUCUGUCUGUUCCCCUCUCUCUCUCUCUCUCUCUCUCUCUCUCUCUCUCUCUCUCUCUCUCCCCUCUCUCUCUCUCUCUCUCUCUCUCUCUCUCUCUCUCUCUCUCUCUCUGUCUCUCUCUCUCUCUCUCUGUCUCUCUCUCUCUCUCGCUCUGUUUUAACAACAGAGCCUGUGCAUUGAGAACUCCUGUAUAGCUGCCCACGACAAGACCGGACGUUUCGGCAGCAUGUUCACAGUCGACAAGGUCCUGACUCCGCCAAUGGGUACCAUCAUGGAUGUCCUGAAGGCUGAUAACCGAUUCAGGUGAGAGUCAAUGAAUCGGGGAAUGAUUCAAUGAAAAGGAUUACCAAGGUUGUCUUCAAUAAUAUCUUGAGGCAUAUAUGAUUCAAUUUCAGAAGAACAAGAAGAACAGACAUGUAGCGGAUGAGCAAAAAAGAUGGUCGCUUCUGCCUACGUAGCACAGCAUGUGUUCAGCUUCUGUAGCUAGAUAUCCUGGGGAGAAGUUCCCCCUCAAGCGUCUAAUGGUUUUCCCAGAACUGAAAGGCUGAAAGGCAAUCUGCUGCUUCAUUUCCACCCACGUUCAGAGACCUGGUUCUUUUCCGUUUUCUCUGUAUGUUUUCACUACCAGUGAUCUGUUCUGCCAUGAUUCAACUCAUACAUGUUUGGUACAUUAGGCUCAUCAGAAACCACAACUCAUCGACGUGGUUUAAACUUUCCUAUUAGUCAACUGUCAAGUCCUCUUUCUUGCUCUGAAGAUAGUCUUUCUAAGUGUGUGUUCCCUUCUUUGUUCCAGUCUGUUGGUCGGUGCCAUCCAGACGGCUGGCAUGACAGAGCUGAUGAACCAGGCCGGCCCCCAUACCGUGUUCGCGCCCACCAACGAUGCUUUCAGCGCCUUGCCAAAGGCUGACCUCAACAAACUCAUGGGUAAGGACGGCCCUGGCUCCAGACAUUCUAGUUUUUCUAGAACAAAGCUAAUCUCAAACGAGAAUACAGGGGGUUGAGGUCUGGUGAUGUAAGACUAGGAUAUUUAUAACAGACACCUCUCGGCCAUACAGGCUCUAUCAUAUUCAUGUUGUAUGUAGUGUAUGCCAUAUGUGGUGUAUUUUGGUGACUGGCAUCCUGCCUGACAAACAACCAAAACUGUGAACAGGUUUCACAUGACUGGCUUUGCAGAACACAGUACUUUUCCAGUAAAGAAAAAUCAAUGGCACCUAAAGACAACCUGAUAUGACCCACAGUGAGAAUAUGUUCGGCAGACAGACAGAACUAUUUGUAUAAACCUAAUGACCUAUCUACACCCAGGAAAUUAUGACAUUAAAUAAUGAAUCUUGGAUGCUGCUACGCGUAUGAAUGCCAAACAGCUGUGGUUAACUGGAGCCAGUUGUAAAGUUACAGUAUGAUCUACCUACAGUAUACUGCAGCUACAAUUACGCUUGUUUGGGUGUUUAAAAUCAUUUAUAACGAGAGAAAAAAAACCCACUGCUGUUUGUUAAUGAUUGCCUAGCCGUUUUGCAACAACUGUUUAGAUGAGCAGGACACGUUUAGACAAAUAGCAUCAUGACUUCAUGUUCAAUGACUUGGCCACAGCAAUGAGAAUGUAGCUGUAAUGCUAAAGUUAUGCCAAGGGCCUUAAUUCAUCAGUUCCAUGUUGCAACUUGCACAACCGAUUCCUCUUCACUUUUUAAGCAAUAUUCAUUCCUCAGCAGUGUUUUAAUGCGGGCUGGUAGUUUUCCGAUUUUCCUCUGUUUGUAAAUGUCUAGACCAUAGUGAUACAAUAUGAUCUGGUAGGUGUUCUAUUUCAUUUUGUUGUCUAGGCAACCCCCAGGAGCUGGCCAGUUUGUUGAAGUACCACAUGGCUAAGGAGAUUCUGGUCAGUGGAGGAGUGGGCUCCCAUACCAGACUGAAGCCUCUGCAGGGAGAGAAGCUGGAGUUGAACAUGGUACAGUAGGCCCUCGUGACUGUUUGAUCCUGGAACACAUGAUCCUGGAACACAUGAUCCUAGAAGACAUGAUCCUAGAAGACAUGAUCCUAGAAGACAUGAUCCUAGAACAAUUAGAUCCUAGAACACAUGAUCCUAGAAGACAUGAUCCUAGAAGACAUGAUCCUAGAACAAUUAGAUCCUAGAACACAUGACAUUAGAACAAUUAGAUCCUAGAACACAUGAUCCUAGAACAAUUAGAUCCUAGAACACAUGAUCCUAGAACAAUUAGAUACUAGAACACAUGAUCCUGUAACAAUUAUAUCCGAUAACACAUGAUCCUGUAACAAUUUGAUCCGAUAACACAUGUUUGAUAUUGAUCCUACUAACAUGUACUAUCAGUACUAAUAUGUACAUGUUUUUCUUUUUAUUGAUGAUUUUGUUUUCAGUGGAGAAAAGAGGUACUUUCUUUUGUUGUGUACUUCUAUUGCUUACAUAAUUUGUGUACAAUGUAUUGAUAUACAUUAUUUCAACAUGACUUGAUUGUCUUGAACCCCAUGUUAUGAAAGUAUUAAGUGUCACCUUAUAAAUGGCAUAUGUCUUUCUCCUUCAGAAGAACCAGACAGUGUACGUCAACAAGGUGCCAGUGGUUGAAGCCGACCUGAUGGCCACCAAUGGAGUUGUCCACGCUGUGGGAGCCAUCAUAACGCCACUGCGUAAGAGCAAUCACUUUAUAAAUACUGAAUAAACCAUCUCACCUUACUGUAUAUGGCAUACUGUAUUAUCCUCCAACGGUCUCAUUCUCUCUCUAUCUCCUCCAGCUCCUAAGGUUGACAGGGAACAGGCUGAUGCCCCCAUCUCUUCCAUGAGAGUAAGACAUUUAUAGACAGUUCACUUAUCGUGUCUCUUUUGACUGUCUUAUUAGAUGACCGUUGUUUUAAAGCUGCAGCUAUGUGAAUGUACAUUAUCUUAAAGAGAUUUGUUUUGUAUUUGUAGAUUUAUAUCUAAAUAUUGUUGUAUUCCUUUCUUCACAGACGGACUCAAGAAUCGCAGUCAAAAAUGGUAAAUAUUCUCUUAUCUACAUCUCCCACAGUCUCACGUGGUGCAUUCCACAAAACAAACUGUUGUUGAACUGGUGUUAAAUGUUGUUAUGAUCUUUGUUUUGUUUCAGAUGAUCUCUUCCAGAAGGUCAGGAAAAGUCUCUCCAGCAGGACGAUGACUCGCGUCCAGUAAAACAAAUUAAGGAGGAGAAAAAUAUAAUUACAUACGGUACAUCAACACAAAUCAGGGGAUUGUUCCUUUUGUUUAUGGAAUAUAUUCUUAUCUGGAACUCUCAAAGGUAGUCUUAUCGAUCAAAUUUUGUCAAAGAUGGUCAACGUGAAUAAUAACCCAGCAUUAGAUGAAGAAAGAGAUGGGAUAUCUCUUAGUGGAAUAUGUUGUAGUAUUGCUUUCAUAUACCAAAGACCGAAGAUUUGAAUUUAAUAGAAUUACUUGUCUGUUUUCUUUUAUGUGAAAAGUGUAAACCAAAGCACAGCAACUAGCUAUGACUACAUAUACUGUAGUUUCAUGAAAGUGCUUUGAAUGUUCACACGUGACUUCUGUUUUAAAUGUAAACGCAGAGCAGAUUUUUUUUUGAGAAAUGUAUACUGUAUUUUGUUUUGAUAUGAUAGAUGUAGCAUGUUUGCAUGUUUAGCCUGGAACGGAAAAAAAGCUAUUUGGGCACACGCAAAUGGAGGUCAAAGUCAUGUUCGGAUUCUCUUACAUUUUUUAAUUAAACCUUUUGAAAAUAGUAAUUCACCCAUAUUCAAGUCACAUGCAUUCCAUUUGUAACAUACUGUAGCAAUAUAUUUUGUGUGGAAACCAAAGAGCAAUGUCUGCACAUUUCAAAAAUAAAAUGUUCAUUUUGUAGCCACAGAAUUUGUUUGGAUUUAUUAAAGUUCUAUCCAUGAGGACACUAAAGUGUUUCACGGCACUUGUGUAAUAUUA